GGCCUGACGGAAGUUAAGGAUGUGUACCGAGUUUCUUCCUCGGAAACCCUAGACAAACCUGUUUAGGAGAAGGUGGGCGUAAUCUUUUAAAUGGACAUCUGCUUUUACAGCAUGGCCCAGAUAUCCAAUAGCAAUGGGUUGAAACAGCGUUCAUCAUCACCUUUGGGGUUAACAAGAACAAAAGAUGUGGACAAAGCAGAGGCAUUACAGAUGGAAGCUGAGGCCCUAGCAAAACUGCAAAAGGACAAAAGAGUGGUUGAUAAUCAAAGAGGUGUGGGAUUGUUAGGCAGCACCAGGCAAAAAGCACAAGUUCAGAGCCAAGAGGAACAUGAUCUCAUGGUGUUUCCUGAAUCCGAGACCAAGAAAAGGGCAGCAGACAUCGAUAUCGAGAAACUCUCCCAUGCCGAACUGGAGAAGUUACUGCUCGAUGACAGUUUUGAAUCUAGUAAAGCAUCUGCGUUUCCAGUCACUCCAGUUCUGAGCCCUUCAUUUUCAGCACAGUUUUGUCUUCAACCUACUAUUCAGAGGGCACAAUGGCCCCCUGGAUUCCCCGGGCCGUCCCCUUGCACUUUACCUUCUAUUUAUCCACCAGCUUUCGGUAAACGGGCUGGUGCAUUCCAAAAUGGCUUCAGUCCCAGCCUGUCCACUUUUCAGUCUACAGAGCCUAUUUAUUUAAGUCUUCCAGGACAAUCCCCAUACAUUUCAUAUCCGUUGACACCUACAACACCUUUUCUUCCACAAGGAAGCUUACCCGUCUACCGCCCAGCAGUCAGCCCUGAAAUGGCAAAGCUGUUCGACAAAAUAGCCAGUACUAAAGAAUUCUUGAAAAAUGGAAAAGCAAGCACUGAUUUGGAGAUACCGAGUUCAAAAGCCCCAGUUUCCAGUCUACAGAUGCCUCCAAAGACCAGCGAUAUUAGCAAAUUUGACUGGCUGGAUCUGGAUCCUUUAAGUAAACCAAAAGUGGACAAUGUAGAAGUUUUGGACGUUGAGGAAAAGGAGAAGAUUACUCCUGUUGUGACAGCAAAGGAUCCCUGGGAUGCUGUGCUGCUUGAAGAGAGAUCACCAGCAAGUUGUCAUCCUGAAAGAAAAGUGAAUGGCAAAUCAUGUUCUGGGGCAACCGUGACAAGAAGCCAGUCUUUAAAUAUCCGAUCAACUCAGCUCACCAAAGUCCAGGGCCAAACAUCUCAGAAAGACUGUGGGACCAGUAGCUUGCCGUUGGGAAGUUCUUUUUUACAAGAAAUUGAAAUUCAGAAUGAAGAGGUGGCAGCUUUUUGUCAAACCAUUACCAAAUUGAGGACCACCUUUCCUUAUUCCAAUCGCCACACAAAUCCAGGCUAUGUGCUAAGCCCGGUAAUGCUGCAAAGAAAUAUAUGUGGAGAGAAUUCCAGUGUGAAAGUGUCCAUAGAAAUUGAAGGAUUUCAACUCCCGGUAACAUUUACAUGUGAUGUAAGUUCUACUGUUGAGAUUAUUAUAAUGCAAGCGCUUUGCUGGGUACAUGAUGACUUGAAUCAAGUUGAUACUGGCAGCUAUGUCCUGAAAGUCUGUGGCCAAGAAGAAGUUCUACAAAAUAAGCAUUGCCUUGGAAAUCAUGAAUAUAUUCAGAUCUGCCGAAAGUGGGACACAGAGAUUAAAUUGCAGCUCUUGACCUUCAGGGCAAUGUGCCAAGAUCUGGCCCGAACAGCAGAAGAUGAUAAAGCACCAAUAAGUUUAACCAAGCAUCUGCUUCACAUAGAAAAGCCUUUUAAAGAAAUCAUGACAAGACAUUCUGUGGAGGAACUUCUAGAUACUUAUCACAGCCAAGUGGAGCUGGCUCUUAAAAAUGAAAACCAGCAUAGAGGAGUAGAUCAAGUAAUUAAGGCUGUAAGAAAAAUCUGUAGUGCUUUAGAUGGUGUAGAGACUCUUGCUAUUACGGAAUCUGUUAAGAGGCUAAAGAGAGCAGUUAAUCUACCCAGGAGUAAAAGUGCUGAGGUAACUUCAAAGUCGGGAAGUAGCGCAAGUAGAAGUUCAGCUGGUGGCUCACUGUGUCCCGAUAACCCUGUUCAAGUGAGCAUAAGCCAGCUAACUGCAGCAAUCUAUGAUCUUCUUAAACUCCAUGCAAGCUCUUCUGGCAGUAGCCUUGCAGAUGCUGCAAAAAGUGGUAGGAGCACUAAAGAAGCAUGGACUACAUCAGAGCAACUCCAGUUUACAGUGUAUGCUGCUCAUGGAAUUUUUACUGGUUGGGUAGCAAAUUAUGAAAAAUACUACUUAAUUUGUUCUCUGACUCACAAUGGAAAAGAUCUCUUUAAGCCUAUUCAUUCGAAGAAAGUUGGCACAUAUAAGAAUUUCUUCUAUCUUAUUAAAUGGGAUGAACUAAUAAUUUUCCCCAUCCAGAUAUCACAGUUACCACUAGAAUCAGUUUUACACCUUACACUCUAUGGAAUUUUAAAUCAAAACAGUGGAAAUUCCCCUGAUUCUAAUAAGCAGAGAAAGAGUCCAGAGAUGCUAGGCAAAGUUUCCUUACCUCUUUUUGAUUUUAAACGGGUAUUAACCUGUGGAACUAAGCUUUUGCACCUUUGGACUUCAGCACAAACAAAUCCCCCGCCUGGAAUAGUACACAAAAAAGGACACCUGAUGGAAAGAAUAGUGUUGCAGGUUGACUUUCCCUCCUCUGAUUUUGAUAUUCUCUACACAACUCCUCAAGCUGGGAGUUGCUCUGUACAGCAGCAGUGCUUGGAAAUCCUGGAAAAAGAUGCAAAAGCCAAGCUCCUUGCCAUCCUUUGCAAAGACUCUCCAAUUGGACUUUCUAAAGAAGAUAAAGCCUUUCUGUGGGAGAAGCGGUAUUAUUGCCUUAAACACUCAAACAGUCUUCCCAAAAUAUUAGCUAGUGCCCCAAACUGGAAAUGGGAAAAUCUUUCCAAAACAUACUCAUUGCUUCAGCAGUGGCCUCCCCUGCCUCCACUGACUGCAUUGGAACUCUUGGAUUCGAAGUUUGCUGAUCAAGAAGUGCGAACCAUAGCUGUGAAUUGGAUUGAGGCAAUUAGUGAUGACGAGUUAGCAGAUUUCCUUCCACAGUUUGUGCAAGCUCUGAAAUAUGAAAUCUACCUGGAUAGCGCCUUAGUGAGAUUUCUGUUGGCAAGGGCUUUGGGAAAUAUCCGGAUAGCUCAUUAUUUAUAUUGGCUUCUAAAGGAUGCCCUGCAUGAUGCCCAGUUUGGGGUGCGCUAUGAACAUAUCCUUGGUGCCUUCCUGUCAGUUGGAGGAAGAGGUCUAAGAGAAGAACUGGCAAAACAGACAAGACUGGUCCAACUCUUAGGAGUAGUAGCAGAAAAAGUGCGGCAGGCUAGUGGAUCAGCAAGGCAGGUUGUCCUCCAAGGGGGCAUGGAACGGGUACAGUCAUUUUUCUUAAGAAAUAGGUGCCGUCUUCCUCUCAAUCCAAGCCUUGUGGCAAAAGAACUGAAUAUAAAGACUUGCUCCUUCUUCAGUUCUAAUGCAGUUCCAUUAAAAGUCACAAUGGUGAAUGCAGAUCCUAUGGGAGAAGAAAUUAACGUCAUGUUUAAGGUUGGUGAAGAUCUUAGGCAAGAUAUGUUGGCUUUACAAAUGAUCAAGAUUAUGGAUAAAAUCUGGCUGAAGGAGGGCCUGGAUCUGAGGAUGGUCAUCUUCAAGUGUCUUUCAACUGGCAAGGAUCGAGGCAUGGUGGAGCUUGUUCCAACUUCUGAUACUCUCAGGAAAAUCCAAGUGGAAUAUGGUGUGACAGGAUCAUUUAAAGAUAAGCCACUUGCAGAGUGGCUGAGGAAGUAUAAUCCUUCUGAAGAAGAAUACGAAAAGGCUUCCGAGAACUUCAUCUAUUCAUGUGCUGGAUGUUGUGUAGCCACCUACGUUUUAGGAAUCUGUGAUCGUCACAAUGAUAAUAUCAUGCUUCGAAGCACUGGACAUAUGUUUCACAUUGAUUUUGGGAAGUUUCUGGGCCACGCACAGAUGUUUGGUAGUUUUAAAAGGGAUCGGGCUCCUUUUGUGCUAACCUCAGAUAUGGCCUAUGUUAUUAACGGAGGCGAAAAGCCCAGUAUUCGUUUCCAGCUGUUUGUGGACCUCUGCUGCCAAGCCUAUAACUUGAUAAGGAAGCAAACAAGUCUGUUCCUUAACCUACUUUCACUGAUGAUUCCAUCAGGGUUACCUGAACUUACAAGCAUUCAAGAUUUGAAAUAUGUUCGAGAUGCUCUCCAACCCCAAAAUACAGAUGCAGAAGCCACAAUUUUCUUUACACGACUGAUUGAGUCAAGCUUGGGGAGUGUCGCCACAAAGUUUAACUUCUUCAUUCACAACCUUGCCCAGCUACGUUUUUCUGGACUCCCCUCUAAUGAUGAGCCCAUUCUGUCAUUUUCACCCAAAGCGUACUCCUUUAAACAAGAUGGUCGAAUCAAGGAAGCGUCUGUUUUCACAUACCACAAGAAAUACAAUCCAGAUAAACAUUAUAUUUACGUCGUCCGAGUUCUGAGAGAAGGACAGCUUGAACCAACUUUUGUCUUCCGGACAUUUGAUGAAUUCCAGGAACUGCACAACAAACUGGGUAUUCUCUUUCCUCUUUGGAAGUUACCAGGCUUUCCUAAUAGGAUGGUUCUGGGAAGAACUCACAUAAAAGAUGUAGCUGCCAAAAGGAAAAUUGAGCUGAAUAGCUACUUGCAGAGCUUGAUGAAUGCUUCACCUGAAGUUGCAGAGUGUGAUCUUGUUUGUACUUUUUUCCAUCCUUUACUUCGUGACGAGAAAGCUGAAGGAAUUGCUAGGUGUGCAGACGCGAGCCCCUCGAGUCCUACCUCAGGCCAAGUCGGAGGAGCAGUAAAGCUGUCUGUCUCUUACCGAAAUGGCACACUCUUCAUCAUGGUGAUGCACAUCAAAGAUCUUGUUACAGAAGAUGGAGCGGAUCCAAAUCCAUAUGUGAAAACUUACCUCCUUCCGGAUAUUCACAAAACAUCGAAACGAAAAACUAAGAUUUCCCGCAAAACGAGGAACCCAACUUUCAAUGAAAUGCUCGUGUACAGUGGAUACAGCAAAGAGAUUCUGAAGCAGAGAGAACUCCAGUUAAGCGUGCUCAGUGCAGAAUCCUUACGAGAGAAUUUUUUCCUGGGCGGGGUAACCCUGCCUCUCAAAGAUUUCAACUUAAGCAAAGAGACAGUCCGGUGGUACCAGCUGACCGCAGUGCCCUAUGUGUGAGCUGGCAUGAAGGCCUGCAACUAGAAGAAACAGAAGCGGAGAUGGAUCAAUUCUGUUCAUGUGUGAACUGUACAGUUUUUCUACUUGACAAAAUCUGUAAAUUUUUCCAGUAGAUUUGCUGUGUUUCAACACAUUUCUUUUGGACCAACCCUCACCAAACUCACACUGUGAAAUUCAUGGGAACCAUCUGAAUUUUCAAGUUAGAAAGUUACACACCCCAGACAUAAUUUUACCAAGUUCUUAAGUAUAGUACUUUUAGGGAAUGAAAGUUAUAGACCAUCCAUGGUUUAUUCAGAGUCAUGGCUUUUUGUUUCAACAACAUGUCUUGUUUCAUCCCUCGCCGUGCUGAAGUCUUUUAUCAUACUUACCACUGUAUACGUAUAAGAAUACCAAAGUCAAGGAGAAGUGCCACAUUUUGGCAUCCAAACCCAGCUGCUGUACAUCAUGACUGCAGAGCAAAUUGUAAAGUGUGCAGCUUUGUUAAGAAAACAGCUAGUUCAAAGGUUGAGAGAAACUAGAAAAAGAGCAAGCACUGCGUUUUGGGUCUUAACUCCAGUGUCCGGUGUUCAGUAUACUUAGCAGAGCGAGGGCCAAUAGCUGAAACGAUAAGUAACGGUGCCUUAACUUCAAGUGCUUCCCUGUUACCUCACUCCUGGGCUUUGCCCAGACCUGCUCAUUAGUGAACUCUUUUUCGGGUCUUGCCAUUUAGAAAAAACAGACAAGCAAAUAUUUUACACCUCUGGUUUUUGCCAAGGGAAGACAUUUUUCCGUUUCUCGACAGUUGUGACUUGGUUCUCUGUGCAGAUAGUUAUUUGAAUAAUGCCUAGUUGCACGCCAACCCCCACGGCCAAACGAGGUGAUUGAUGAAUAUUGGCUCUACAGGAAAUGCUCUCCUGCCAGUGUUGUGAGGAAACUCAAGAUGCUCCCUGAUGGAGUAAGUUAAAAACUGACUCUUGCUGCCCAAUCGGAACCCAGUGGCACCUCCAAAAACACACUAAAAUAAUUACUUUUUUCUUGGUAAGGCCAGCAAAAUUUUAGGCCAGGGCCGUGGUUAAAAUUGAGUUAGGGUAGCGGGAUUAUGUGGGAAUGCUUGAUUUAACCAGGCUUAGCAUGGUUGCUCUUUGUCCUCAUUUUAGUCGAUGUCAGUAACUCGAUAAAAUGAAUAGCUUCCCUUAAUAUUAUAACGUGGUGCCUAGCAGGAGUGUCCGAUGGAAUUAAAUUCAGCCGCUGCCAUAAGCAGUAGCUGCAAAUGUGAAUUUCUGGCUCCUCUUUGUGUUGGAUCUGGCCAGCCCCGUAUCAAACAGACUAACUCACAUCAAAGCUUUGGUAAUACGCAGACCGAGGUUUUUAGCUUGCGGAUUGCCGUAAAGUCACUGGCAGAAUCAGCAGUACCGGGGAGAGUUAGUGUGUCGAAGAAUGGGGCAGUCUUAAAUAUGGACUUAGGUUUUGCACAAACGGUGACUCCGGGAAAGCCAACCCCUAGGAGAAAGAGGGGAUGUAGGGGGGAAGGAGGGUUUGGGGGGGCAAGGUGCGGGGACAGAAGGCUGGCUUUUGAUGAUAGGGAUGAUAGUGGGGGGAAAUGGAAUAAACACUUGAAAUGAUUUUGGUGCCUAACACGUUUGGGGUCCUAACACGGUUGUGUAGCUGUUGUUACCUUAUAAUCUCAGACUGUCUUUUUGAAUGUUUAUACUUGGUUGUUACUUUUAAAUGGGCUACUUAAAGUGCAGAUCAAAACAUCCCAGGUGUAGUUGCUCUCUUUGGCAUAUAAUUAUCCUUUGCUUAAGUAGCUUGUAAGUAACCUAGUGAAUAUACUGUAACUAACUACUAGAUUGUAUUUCCUGUUCAUUCUACGCUUUUGAGACUUACUCCAUUCCAUCAACAGAAUCACAAGUCACUUAGACCCAGGAAAGCAGAGUACUGUUUUUGUGAAACAUUUCAUUGAUUGGAAGCAAUAUAUGCACUGCCUUUUUGCAGUCACUACUACAGCACAGUGUCUUAGAGCACAAAUAUUAGAACUAGAAAUUUUAAAACACUGACCUGCAAUUUUAAAAGCUGUCUGAACUCUUUCGUCUGAAAAGUGUAUAUUAUGUUCAGUACUGUACAGUUAAUUGGGGUUCAGAAUUAGCUGACGUUUCCCCUAUAAUAGCUUAAUUCAUUACUGUGCCUUUCUGUCACUUUUAAAACACACUUUAUGAUGGCGUUUUCUGUAAAAUCUAAUCUCCAGUCCUGACCAAAAACUAGAAGGAAUAGCACUGAUUUGAGCUUCUUUGCACUACUUUUAAUGGGUUUAAAGGAAAUCAGCAUUAUCUCGAUGUGGAAUCAAGAUGAGUCUGUUUUAAAAGCGCAGAUUCAAAGCAAACACAAAAAACAGACCAAAAUGGUAGCAAAACCUGGCCAGUACACCAAUUUGAGGUUUUCAAAGUGGUCUCAUGACAUUUUAUACCUUGUUUAGUCAAAUAAAUAUAAUUAUGCAACUAGAUGGCCUGCAGCCAGAAACAUUCUCUCUAACUUGUUUUGGAUUUUGAGAGUCCAGGCAUGCUCAGAGAGCAGGGCUCCUUUUAUUUACUUUCUGUCCUGAAGAACCUAAUGUAGAACUUGCACUGAAGUUUUUAUUACUGCCUUUAUAGUACCCACAGUUACCUGUACAUUGGAGCGUGGGUGAUCUUUAAUAAAGUUUUCAUUUCUCUAUUUUUAAAACUAAGGGUGUAAAGAAAUUUCAAUACCUUGCCUUAAAAAUGACUGUUUCUAGGAUUCUGUUAUCGGGGAUUUAGAAAAAAAUAAGAAGAAAAUAACCUUACUUCCGAUGCUUGCAAAAUAUACCUAUUACCAAGAAUAGGAGAUUACAGUUUGGUGUACAGGAAGAGAUAGUCUCACUCUGAGUCUAUAGGAGAGUAAGGUUCUUUAUACUAUUCACUCACAUACUGUGACUUAAAACAGUGCAAAUGUUAAUAGGUAACCAACACUUUGGGAGCAAAUAUGGUAGUUGGUCUCGUUAUCUAUAAGAACCAAAUUAUUUUAAUUAUAUUGCCUUGAUAGCUAAUAAAGAUGUACAAUAUUUCCAUUAAUACCUAAAAUGUACUGAAUGGAUUAAAUGUGACUCCGUAGCUGUCCUAUGAUUGUAUUAAAACACUAUUG